GGCACUUUGAGAAUCUGUUUCCAUCAGAAUUGGGAGACUGAAGGAUCUAAUGCCUCUCGACCACAUACUGUCUCCGCCACCCAUGCCGUUUCGGAAAUGCAGCAACCCAGAAGUGGCUUGUGGCCUUGGAAAGUCGCUGAAGUAUAAGAGACAGCUGAGUGCCGACGGGAAGCAGCUGCGGCGAGGGAGCCUGGGAGGAGCCCUCACUGGGAGGUACCUCCUUCCAAACCCCGUGGCAGGACAGGCGUGGCCUGCCUCGGCUGAGACGUCCAACCUUGUGCGCAUGCGCAGCCAGGCCCUGGGCCAGUCGGCUCCCUCCCUCACAGCCAGUUUGAAAAAUUAG